AUGGCCGAUAUCCCAGCGUCACGGCAUGCCGUUGCAAUCAAAGCACCAAACGCUCUCGAACUAGUUGUCCAGAACAUACCGACAACUUUAUCGCCAAAUGAUGUGCUCAUCAAAGUCGCAUGCAUUGCACUGAACCCAUCUGAUGCAAAGAUGGUUGCCGGGGGCUUUCCAAUCGACUCUAUCGCCGGAACUGAGUUUUCUGGGACUAUCGUGGCGCGAGGAGAUGCAAUAUCAACAGCGUUGCCAACUGGUCAAAGAGUUUGCGGCGUAUCGCUGGGAUAUAAUGGUAACGUUGAAGAAGGCACCGGUGCCUUCACCACAUAUACUGUUGCCGACUCCAGAUUAUUGCUGCCAAUCCCCGACAAUCUUGGCUUUGAGGAUGCGGCCACGUUGCCGGCUGGCAUAUUGACAGCUGGACUUGUCUUAUACCAGACAAUGCGCUUACAACAGGAGCCAUCUACCGAAUCUAUGGGCAGCAAUUAUGUUCUUGUAUAUGGGGGCAGUACCACUUCUGGAACUCUUAUGAUCCAACUACUUCGGCAUUCCGGCUAUGCUCCGAUCACCACAUGUUCGCCCUCAAACUUCGCACUUGUCAAAUCCGCCGGUGCAACCGCCGCCUUCGAUUACCACAACGCCGACAGUGCCAUCUCAGAUAUACGCUCGCUUACAAAGGCCAGACUUGCUUAUGCAGUUGAUUGCAUCACGACACCCGAGUCAAUGCAUAUAUGCUAUGGAGCGUUAGGGAGUGACGGCGGCCGACUGGUCAUGUCUUCAGCUAAAAUACUUGUUAUUGGCUGCGGGGUCGCCGGCCCUGUUAUUGCGUGUCUUCUGAAGAAGAAAGGAUACGACUCGAUCAUAUUUGAGCGUGCUGCAGAACCUGGUGACAUUGGCGCCUCGCUCAUGGUUGGUCCUAACGGCAUGAAAGUCUUGGAUCUCAUUGGGCCUCUGUCUAAGCAACUACUUGACAACGGCCCUGCUGUUCAAAUAUUGGAAGAUUUUACGGCAUCUGGCACACGGCUUGGAUGCUCGAGUGUCCCAGCUGAUUUUGCUUCACUCUACGGGAAACCAGCUGUUGGUGUCAAGCGGACUCUGCUAGCAUCUUGGUUGCGAGACGUGGUAAAGGGGCAAGGUAUCGAGAUCAGAGAUGGAUGGAGUCUUGAGCGCAUUGAGGAGACAGAUGAGAACGUUACAGCAAUCUUUGAUGGUGGGCGGUCUGAAACGGGCUGUUUCGUCGUUGGCUGUGAUGGAUUGAGAGCAGUGUCCAGAAUGCUUUUACUGGCGCAACAAGGAGCAGUAGACGGACUGCCAACUUUUACGGGACUUACGCAAGCAAGUACUCACGUCUAUUAUAUUCGUGUAUCUUUCCAAGCUGAUAAGCGCCAUGCCGUCCGUAUAGACAUCGGGCAUAUCGCCGACACCCGCCAAGUUUCAAGGUUUACCUGGAAUACAACAAGCUGGGGAUUGACACUCCCCGAUGACGGUGGAUCAGAGGCCGACUGGGGCUUAGUAGUUGGGGAAGAGAGAGAUACAAGGCUGAAGAUGCUAGCUACGAAGCUGCGAGACCAGAGCUGGGACUCUUCGGUGCUGGAGAUGGUGGCCGGAGCAGAGCGGCUGAUUAAAUAUGGCAUCUUUGACAGACCUGGGCUAGAGGCUAAGCAAUGGUACUCAGGAAGAUGCGUGCUCUUGGGUGAUGCGGUACAUCCCAUGAGCGUGCAUAUUGGACAAGGUGCCAACCAAGCCUGCGAGGAUUGCUACUAUCUGGCCCAGGAGCUACCCUCGUUUGACCCUGUGGAGCCAAUUACAACCACACAGCUAUCCAAAGCAUUCAAAGCGUAUGCAGAAAAGCAGCAACCGCAUGUAUCGGUUUUAUUUGAAGCGGCGAGGAAGCAGGCUGCCGUGAGAGUGGUGCCGGCUGAGUCCUGCGCCCAGAGGGAUGCUCUGAUGAGUGCUGCAUUGCAAGACGGGGAUAAGCCUCACUCUCACCAGUCCACACCCCAAGGCUCGUUCCUUUUUUUCAUGGGCAUCUGUCUCGGUACCUUUUCCCGGCACCGCCGCCAUGUCACUCAGGAUAAAGAGGCGCUGGACACCGAACAUGCGCGACUCAAAUAUGUCAAGAACCGCGCCCCCGAUCGGAGUGGACCACCCCCCGCUGACGUGCGCAGCAGCCAACCCCCGAGGAGGGCGCCCACCACCACCAUGGAGAACGAGCAGUACGACAAGGUCGAGGUGCUCGACGGCAUCAUCGAGAGGCGCCAGAGCAACCUGGCCGCCUUCCAGACCGCCGCCUCCAAGCCCAAGACCGUGGUCCCCGACGCCACCGUGAGGAUCCCGGACUCCUUCGCCAGCGUCGCGGAGUACAGCGCUGUGCACGCAAAAGUCCUGUCGCGCGAGAAGGUCCUCGCCUUUGACUACCACUGCACGCAGAACGCCUCGGAUGCCGAGCGGCGGGCCGACGCCAGGAUCCAGGCGCUCAGGCGGGGCGACCAGCGCCGGGUCUACGACGCCGCGCCGCCCAGGGAAGGGUUCGGCGGGCAGCGCCACCCAAGGUUCCCCGGCGACCACUACCUCUACGACCGGCCGCUGAUCGAGCAGACGGAUGUCCUGCAGGUCGCGCGCCGGAUGCCCAAGGGCGCGCACCUGCACAUCCACUUCAACGCCUGCCUGCUGCCGGACGUCCUGCUGGACAUCGCCAUCGAGAACAGCCAGCACAUGUUUAUCAACAGCAACGUGCCUCUGCUUCCCGACGAUGAUUAUCUGAACUUCCGGCACUGCGAGAUCCAGUUCUCCAUGAAUCCGCACGGGGUGCAGCACCCUGGGGAUCUCUUUGACCCGGGCUAUGAGAGGGCUGAUCCUGCGGUACGCGGUUCCGGGAGGAAGAACAUGAGGUUCGCGGAUUUCUUGGACGAGUUCCCUCGGCGCUAUCCGCACCAGGCGCCGAGGGACUGGCUUCUCGACAAGAUGGUCUUCGACGAGAGGGAAGCGUACCAUCCAUUCCAGACAAGUCAUGGAAGAGAAAGCACCUGGGAGAAGUUCAAUGGCCGCACACGGCUCAUGAAGGGCCUCUUCAACUACGAGACGGCGUACCGCAGGUAUACCAGGCUCCUGCUUGAAGACUUUGUGGCGGACAACAUCCAGUACGCCGAGAUUCGGCCCAACUUUAUGCAGACCAACCAGGUCUGGACGGACGACGGCCACCGGAUCGACAAUGUGGGCAUCAUGAACAUCAUCAUGGAGGAGUAUGGCAAGUUCCAGGCGUCGGAACAGGGCCCCAAGUUCAGGGGCCUCAAAGUCAUCUACUGUGCGCCGCGGUCUUUCGACGACGAGAACGUGAUCAAGUCACUUGACGAGUGUAUCGAGUUCAAGAAGAGAUGGCCUGACUGGAUCGCAGGAUACGACCUCGUGGGCGAGGAGUGCAAGGGCCGCCCGCUCAAGGACUUUGUGCCCCUGUUCCUCGACUUCAAGCGCAAGUGCUACGAGCAGGACCUCGACAUCCCCUUCCUGUUCCACUGCGGGGAGACGCUCGAGAUCGGCACCGACACCGACGGCAACCUCGUCGACGCGCUGCUGCUCGGCUCGCGGCGCGUCGGGCACGGCUUCGCUCUGGCCCGGCACCCCUACGUCAUGGAGAUGAUGAAGAAGCGCAACAUCUGCCUCGAGGUCUGCCCCAUCUCCAACGAGAUCCUGGGCCUGACGCCCCGCAUCGGCGGGCACUCCAUGUACAACCUGCUCGCGAGCAACGUGCACUGCACGGUCAGCAGCGACAACGGGACCAUGUUCAGAUCGACGCUGUCUCACGACUUCUAUCAGGUCAUGGUAGGCAAGGCCGACAUGACGCUGCACGGCUGGCGGCAGUUGAUCGAGUGGAGCAUCGAGCACGCGUGCAUGGAUGAAGUUGAGCGCGCAGAUGUAUAUAGUCAUUGGGAGAAGGCUUGGUUUGAGUUUGUGGACUGGAUCAAUACGACGUACGCGGAUGUCAGGGAUGAGUAG